AGCUGCAGGCGUAUGACACGGCCUGGUCUCUCCUGGCAGGCACCGCCGGCAGGAGAAGUCAUAAAGCAGACAAAUUGUUGAAGUCAUUGAAGCAACACUUUGAAAGGACAAAACAAGAGGAUGAAAAUGUGGAUGCUGGAAAAAGUGCAUCUGCUUCCAUCCAAUCAGAUGAACUGAGCAACCAGAAGGCGACGAUGGCUGAUUCAAUGUCUUUUAUUACAAAAAGACGUGAUAAAGAAAAGAAAAUAACUAGGAAAAAGAGGAACCCUCAUGAAGAAACUAAUAUCAGUGAAGAAAUCCCGGGACUUUCUGAUGAGAAAGAGGUGCAUUCUGAAAUGAAAGAAAAUGAAGUGCCUCAGGGAGAGCAGGAGAGAGGACAGAAAGUACUCCAAAGCAAGCAACAAGUAACUGAAAAGAUAGCUAUUGAGAAUCCAGGGACUCCUGGUCACAAGAAACAAGCAGAGAAGACUUCUGCUAAAAGCAGGAGAGAUGAACGUGCUGCUCAUCAUGCAGGACGGAAGAUCCCUUUACAUGUCAGCCGUGCAUCUAGGUCUGUGAAAACAGGAAUGAAAGCUACUACACCAAACUUUAAAAAGCUGCAUGAGGCUCAGUUCAAGAAAAUGGAAUCUAUUGCUGACUACAUGGAGAGGAAACAAAAAUUGAAUGAAAACUGCAGCAGUUCUCUUAGUGCAGUCAAGAAACGAACCAGCAGCAAAACGCGUUUAUUCAGCCCAAACCCAGAAAGAAUCAGGUACUCUAUCACCUGCACUCCUAGCAACCUCCGGCGCUCACCACGGACUUCUCUGACUGCUGCUAAUCGGAGUAUUUUAUCCAGGAAAUCUUCAUUUAAUCCUUCUGUCCUUUCAACAUCCAAAAUGAAUGUCAGGUUUUCAGAAGCCACAAAAGAUAAUGAACACAAACGUUCUCUUACCAAGACUCCAUCUAGAAUGUCUCCAUACGUGGAAGAGAUCUGCACACCUGACACUCAAAAGAGCUGCAAGAUAAGUCUGAAAACCAGCAAAGGAAGUGCAAGAAACAGUGAUUUGUCUGCAUCAAAGGUUAUCACUCCCUUCAAGUUUUCAGCUCAAUCUACAGAACCCACAAGCACAAGGACAUUUGACCUCAAAGCAAGUCUCGCGAGGCCACUUCGGUAUCAGCCACAUAAAGGACGACUAAAACCAUGGGGAGAAUUUAAAGAAAAUACUGUCCCCAGUAAGUCUGGUGGGAGCAAUAUCUCUUCACAUAAGAAAGACUACAAACAGCCACAUCGUCAGACAAGGGAAGAAAGACGCGAGAAACACGAACAAGAGAGAAAAAAGAAAAAGGCUCAGGCUCUUGAAAACCGUCGAGGACUAUCUGUGUGUUAG